AUGGAUAUGGAUAAAUCUUUGGAGGAUUAUAGAGACACCAUGAUGAAAGCCUUCAAAGAGCCUCUCUCACAUCGAGAUAUCUCUGACAUAUGGGACAAUCUGCGAGAACAUCCUACAGACCUUUGCGGUGCAGGAAAAUCGCCCAUUACAUGGAAUGAAGUAUGGAAGUCUUUAGUGGAUGUGUAUGGAGAAUAUUGUUUAAAGGAAGCAGUAAAUGCAGCCACAAAAGCAUGUAAUAAAGGGGGCCAUGCGCCAAAGCGAGAUUCUACGCCUGAAAUUCUGGUCCCACCGCAAUAUUGCGAGCAAUACGUUGGGUUGACUACAGUACAACGAAUGUAUCCUGACAAUGUUUUAUUUAAAUGA